AUGGCACAGAUUCUUCUACAUGGGACCCUCCAUGCCACAAUCUAUGAGGUGGAUAACCUUAAGGCUGGUAAUAGUGGUAAUAUCUUAACCAAGCUGAUACAUAACCUGGAGGAGACUAUUGGGAUUGGAAAAGGAAUUACGAAACUAUAUGCAACCAUUGAUCUAGAGAAGGCACGCGUGGGAAGGACUAGAAUUAUAGAAAAGGAGCACGCAAAUCCUAAAUGGCACGAGUCUUUUCACAUUUACUGUGCUCAUAUGGCAUCAAAUAUCAUAUUCACUGUGAAAGAUGACAACCCUAUUGGUGCAACCUUGAUUGGAAGAGGAUAUGUGCCAGUUGAGGAGAUCUUGGAUGGCAAAGAAAUAGAUAGGUGGGUUGAAAUAUUGAAUAAGCAUAAAAAACCAAUACAUUCACAUUCCAAGAUUCAUGUGAAACUGCAGUACUUUGAUGUUUCAAAAGACCUCAACUGGGGACAAGGCAUUAGAAGUCCUAAAUUCCCAGGAGUUCCUUACACUUACUUCUCACAAAGACAAGGAUGUAGGGUUUCCUUGUACCAAGAUGCUCAUGUUCCUGACAACUUUGUUCCCUCGAUUCCACUUGCUGGAGGCCACACUUACCAACCUCAUAGAUGUUGGGAAGAUGUUUUUGAUGCAAUCAACAACGCACAGCACUUGAUAUACAUUACGGGAUGGUCUGUUUACACUGAGAUUACGUUGGUAAGAGAUUCUAGGAGACCAAAGCCUGGAGGAGAUGCAACAUUCGGUGAGCUUCUAAAGAAAAAAGCACGUGAUGGUGUCAGGGUUUUGAUGCUUGUUUGGGAUGAUAGAACUUCGGUUCCUUUGUUAAAAAAAGAUGGGUUGAUGACUACUCAUGAUGAAGACACCGGGAACUACUUCUACGACAGCGAUGUGCACUGUGUUCUAUGCCCUCGCAACCCUGAUGAUGGUGGAAGCGUUGUGCAGGACAUGGAAAUUUUCUCCAUGUUUACACAUCAUCAGAAAAUUGUGGUAGUGGACAGUGCUUUGCCGAAUGGAAGAUCAGAUAAGCGAAGAAUUGUGAGUUUUGUGGGGGGUAUUGACCUCUGUGAUGGAAGAUACGACACUCAAUUUCACUCACUUUUCAGAACCUUGGGCACAGCACAUCAUGAUGAUUUUCAUCAGCCUAAUUUUCCACAUACUUCAAUAAAAAAAGGUGGCCCGAGGGAACCUUGGCAUGACAUUCACUCGCGGCUUGAAGGGCCAAUUGCAUGGGAUGUUUUGUUCAACUUUGAGCAAAGAUGGAAGAAGCAAGGUAGAAAGGACUUACUGAUUCCUCUGAGAGACCUUGAAGAUGUCAUUAUUCCUCCUUCCGCGGUAACUUACCCUGAUGAUCAUGAGACAUGGAACGUGCAGUUAUUUAGGUCCAUUGAUGGAGGGGCUGCUUUUGGGUUCCCAGAGACUCCCGAAGAAGCUGCUAGGUCUGGACUCAUCAGUGGGAAGGAUAAUAUAAUUGACAGGGGUAUUCAGGAUGCUUAUAUUAACGCCAUUCGACGUGCAAAGAAUUUCAUCUACAUUGAGAAUCAGUACUUCCUUGGAAGCUGUUAUGCAUGGAGUGCUGAUGGCAUUAAGCCAGAAGACAUUGGUGCAUUGCAUCUUAUCCCGAGGGAGCUUUCACUUAAGAUUGUUAGUAAGAUUGAAGCUGGGGAAAGGUUCAGUGUGUAUAUUGUGGUUCCAAUGUGGCCAGAAGGUUACCCAGAGAAAGGAACAGUUCAGGCAAUAUUAGACUGGCAGAGAAGAACAAUGGAUAUGAUGUAUAAGGAUGUUGUUGGAGCACUAAAGGCAAAGGGCAUUGAGGAAGAUCCUCGGAACUAUUUGACAUUCUUCUGCCUUGGUAAUCGGGAGGUGAAGAAAGAAGGAGAGUACGAGCCUCCAGAAAGACCAGAUCCUGAUACAGAUUAUAUGAGAGCUCAAGAGUCUAGACGCUUCAUGAUUUAUGUUCAUGCCAAGUUGAUGAUAGUUGAUGACGAAUACAUAAUCAUUGGAUCUGCCAACAUAAACCAGAGAUCAAUGGAUGGUGCUAGAGACUCUGAGGUUGCGAUGGGUGCAUAUCAACCCUAUCAUCUGGCUAGGAGGCAACCUGCAAGGGGUCAGAUCCAUGGUUUCCGCAUGUCAUUGUGGUACGAGCACCUUGGCAUGCUUCAUGACUCCUUCCUCCACCCUGAAAGUGAAGAAUGUAUUAAGAAGGUAAACCAGAUUGGUGACAAGUAUUGGGAUCUCUAUACUACUGACCCACUUGAACAAGACCUUCCUGGCCACCUUCUUCGCUAUCCAAUUGCAAUUUCAAGCGAAGGAAGUGUGACACAACUGAAAGAAUUUGAGUUCUUCCCUGACACCAAGGCUCCUGUUCUUGGUGCCAAAUCUGACUACAUGCCACCUAUCCUUACUACUUAG